AUGGCGUCCAGCCACCAUUCUUCUCUGCUCUUCAUCUUUCUCACCACUCUCUUCACAGCCACCAUUGCAGCCUCUCCCUCACCACCAUCACCUCCACAACCCCCAUCGCCAUCACCAUCAUCAUCACCACCGCCACCGCCGCCAUCAUCAACUCGACCUCCAUCUCCGCCAUCCCCAACCUCCACACCCCAACAACUCAACAACAUAAUCGACGCCCUAAUCGGAGCCGGCGACUUCGGGAACUGGGUCAACAUCAUCACCGGCGCGAACCCACUGGUCCUUCCUCUGAGCGCGACCCUCUUCAUCCCUCAAGACGACGCCUUGAACCGCAUGCCGACCACCGACCCCUUCAUGUUCCCUUACCACGUGGUCCCUCAGCGCCUCAUCUUCUCCGAGCUCCAGCUCUUCGAGCCCAAGUCUCGCCUUCCCACUCUGCUCCCUGGCAAGUCCAUUCUCAUCACCAACGCCUCCCGCUCCAACUUCUCCCUCGACGGCGCUCAGCUCACCCAGCCCGACCUCUACGUCAGCGCCACCGUGGCUGUCCACGGCGUCGGAGCCAUUCUUGAGUACUCUGUUUACGGUGAUGGGCUUAACCUUUUGCCCAAGCCCAAUUCGCAGCAGGGGCAGCAGCAGCCGCUACCGCCGCCGCCGCCGCCAUCUCCAGGGGUGUUUUCCCCCGCGGGAGAAAUCGUGGGCGGCGGGUGGAAGUCUGAUGCAGCGCCGCCGUGCCAUUGUGUUGAGUUUCCGGUUGGUUGGUUCUUGGUUGCUUGUGCGGUUUUGGGGUUCAAGAUUCAGAGGAACUACUAG